GAGACUGACCUAUACUUAUUAGUAAGACAGAGGGACUGAGAUGGAAAGGACAUGCAGCAUGUUAGGGGAUUAAGGAUAAGGGAAGAAGAGUUGAUGGAUGAAGAAAAUGACUGAGAACAACAAAUAGAAGGGGUGACUGUUGUGGAGCAGGAAGUGACAAAGCUUAGUAAGGUUAAAGUGAGAGGGGCACUGAAGAGGGUGAAGGCAGAAAGGCACUUGGUCCUGAUGAUAUACCUGUGGAGGUAUGGAAGAGAUGACAGUGGAGUUUUUGACUGGGUCAUUCAACAGUGAUGAGAAAAUUCCUGAGGAAUGGAGGAGAAGUGUGAUGGUGACCAUCUUUAAGAAUAAGGGAGAUGUGCAGAAUUGUGGCAACUACAGAAAAAAGCUGAUGAGCCAAACAAUUAAAUUAUGGGAAUGAGUUGUUUAAGCUAGACUAAGUGCAGAAGUGAAUAUUGGUGAGCAGUAGUAUGGUUUCAUGCCAAGGAGCACUACAGUUGCUACAGGAGGUCUGGAGUGACCAAGAAGUAUGUCAGAGCAGUGCAGGACAUGUAUGCGGGCUGUAAGACAGGGGAGAGGUGUGCUGUAGGGGUGACAGAGGAGUUCAAGGUGGAGGUGGGAUUACAUCAGGGAUCAGCUCUAAGCCCUUUCCUGUUUGCAAUGGUGAUGGACAGACUGACAGAUGAGGUUAGACAGGAAUAAUUAUGGACUAUGAUGUUUGCAGAUGAUAUUGUGAUUUGUAGCAAGAGCAGGGAACAGGUGCAGGAGAAGCUAGAGAGGUGGAGGUUUGCCCUGGAAAAGAGAGGAAUGUAGGUUAACUACAGUAAGACAGAGGACAUGUGUGUGAAUGAGAGGAGCCCAAGUGGAAGAGGAAUGACGUAUCGGAUCAGGAAUGAGUACAUGGAAGGGAGAGCAAAUGUUAGAGGUUUUGGAGCUAAAGUCAGAGAGGCCAGACUAAGACGGUUUAGACAUGUCAGAGGAGAGACGUGAAUCUAUUGGUAGAAAGAUGCUGAGUCUAGAGCUGCCAUUGAAGAGGUCCAGAGCAGUGUCUCGCAACCCUGGUCCUCUACACUGUCCUCCAUUUUUCAAUCCAACCCUGCUCAAACACACCUGCCCUUGAUUACUGUCAUUGUCUGGCUUCUGCAGAGCCUGAUGAUGAGCUAAUUCAGGUGUGCAUAAGCAGGACAACAUGGAAAACCUUCUGGACAGUGUUUCCUGAGUACCAGGGUUGGAAAACACUGGUCUAGAGGAAGACCAAAGAGGGUUUCCAGCCCAGUGUGGGACGUUGAUGGACUGGUGGUGCUUUGAGGCUGAGGGAGCAUGGUGAAACACCAACCCUUACAGGUCUACGAGAAGCAGGUCUUUCUGUCCUUUGUCACUGGGAUCUAUGGUUGCCGCUGGAAACGCUAUCAGCGUUCCCAAGACGACAGCUCCCAGUGGGAGUGUGCAUGGUUCCUUAUACUGUGCAGUUCCUUCCUGUUGCUCCUCUUUUGGGCCUACUUCUGGUUGGUUGCUCAAAAUGAUUUCAAUGACUUCAACUGGUUGGUGUACAAUCGUUCUGGAGAGUGGAAGGAUGAAACAAUUCCCAUCCUUACAUCCACCACCCUGGGACUCAGCUAUGUCAGCUUCCUACUGAUUUUAGCACUUUUCCAUAUAUCUUUGGGACAACAACUCAAUCUGUUCUGGGUUCACAAGAUUGGAGUUUUAGCUACGCUGCUCAUCACCAUCUCUGGAAUUGUCUCUGUAGAUGACAUAUGGGAAGAUGAGUUGGACAUCCUGCUUAUAUCACUUCAGUCCACAGCGCCUUUCCUUCACAUCGGAGCGCUGGUGUCAGUCACAGCCCUGAGCUGGAUGGUUGCUGCGUAUGCGGUCCGGAAAGAGAGAUCCAAUUUUCAGCUAAUGGUGCUGGUCAUCUACUUUGUGAGUCUUCUAGCUGUCUGCCUGGCCCCCAUCACAUUCACCUGUCCCUGCAUAAUGGACCGGCACACCCUCAAGGCAAGGCCGGCCAUCAUUGGCCGGCGUGGAGCUCCCAUGCUGGCUCCAGAGAACAGCAUCCUGUCUUUCCACAGAGCGCUGCAGCUGGGGGCCAGCACCCUGGAGGCUGACGUCACCAUCAGCAUGGAUGGAGUUCCCUUCCUAAUGAGAGACCAAACCUUGAGGCGAACCACAGACGUCAGCAGAGUCUUUCCAGCCCGACAGUUCCAGGACGCUUCCUUCUUUAACUGGACAGAAAUCCGAUCUCUAAACGCAGGAACGUGGUUUUUGCAGAGUGACCCCUACUGGACAGUCAGAACAUUGACCCCAAAGGACCGCAGCAGGAUAGCAAACCUGACUGUCUGCAGCCUGGUGGAGAUGCUCCGUCUCUCAGCCAGGGCCAACUGCUCUGCCUGGCUCAACAUCCACAAGCCCCCCCCGGAGCACCCCCGCUUCCGGAGCUGGUUCAUGGACACGCUGCGGGUCCUGCAGAGGGCGGGGAUGUCAGCCAAGAGGGUGACAUGGGCCCCCGACACAGACAGGGGGAGGGUGAGAGGGCUUCAGCAGGCCACCAAUGAGAAGCUGUCUUUGGAAGAGAUUCGACAGCGGGGAAUCACAAGUGUGAGGCUCCACUACAGCAAGAUCAGCCACAGAGACAUACAGGAGUACCUGGCCAAUAAUGUGAGUGUGACCAUCUACCCGGUGAAUGGGCCCUGGCUUUACUCCCUUCUGUGGUGCAGUGGGGUGCCGUCUGUGUCCUCUGACGCCCCCCAAGUCCUUCGAAAAGUGCCUUACCCUAUCUGGCUCAUGAGUCGCGGGGCUUACAGCUUUAUCUGGAUCUGCUCAGACCUGGUGUCCCUCGCUGUUGUUGUGGGGAUUUUUUGCUUCCAGAACUAUCAUAUGAUCAGGUGGAGGAUGGGGGGGAUGCAGCGGUGUAACCCGGAGCAGAUCAUGCUGUGUGCUGUGGGCCGACGACCCAGUCCAGAUGUGAACAUCAUGAAGGAGAAGCUCAUCUUAUCAGAACUGGGCAGUGGUCUCGGCAGCACUGAGGAUCUCUGUGUGUGUCCAGAGAACGGUCACGUGCGAUACUCUCCAGGAGGCUUCGCUCACUGAAGGCGCAGAUGACAGCAGAGACAUUUUGGGGGAAGUCCGAGUCUCUAAAAUCAUCUAUGGAGCAAAGCCAGGUGUCCUCCUGGGUGUCGCUCCUGUUUCUCCUUCAGCAGCAGCGGUCGGAACUCCCAACGGUUUGCUGUCACCGUGCACAAACGAGCAUGUGUCUGACAGCUCGUCCUAAAAACUCUGGACUCUUAUGCCUCUGCUACAUGCAGGCACAUUCACAUGCUGCCUUCACCCGGAUGAACUUGUAGAAAUGUUGCAUCGUUAGUAUUGCCUCAGGCUAGUUGGUUUGUUGUGUUUUCGGAUUAAUAAAGACUACUCGUAUUCUUUAAA